AUGUUGUGGCAUUCCUUCAUUGUGGCGCAGUUCUCCCCCAGAGUGUCAGCUUGGUGGACAUCGAUUAGCGGCCUCAGAGCAGUUUCUGCUCAUCCUCCUACCCGCCCGUUUCUUUUCCUACGUGUGGUACACUCAGCAGAGCCGACCGAUGACUUCAUAAGCAAAAGGGUAGCGUUGUAUCUCGUUUCCCCGCAUAAACCGGAAGAUUCCUUUGUGGAUUGUUACUUCCGCUUAUCUGGCAAAGUUUCUGCUGAGAAGAGACUGGAAGUCCAUCCAUCCUUGCCCUCCGAAACACCUCUAUACAUUCAUAGAUUCUCUUUCCUGCAGGUCGGAGGUAUAGAGCGCAUUUGGGACGAUGCGUUCGUCAACCACGUCUAUCAAGACGAUGAUGAUACAGCACGCCACGCGCUUACUCCAGCCAGUUUCGACAAUUUCAGGACGACAUCCAGGAAGGUCCUCCGAAGCUUCCUCGAUAGAUGCUGGGGGAGUCCGAAAUGGGCUGCACCGUCUGAUGGAAAGGAGCGAGUGCAAGAUGGCUGGGACUCUUUCAGUAGUUAUCGACCCCACGAGUAUAUCAAUGAUCCAGAGAGCCACCUUUUCGACUGGCUCGAAUUCGAGGACCUACCUCUCGACGAAAAGCCUACGAUAUACGACGAAGUGUCGUUAUUCGAUCAGUUUGCUCAGGAUUAUUCUUGGGAAGGAAUAGAUGAGACAGUUGAGUGGAUUGAACAAAUGCGCAAGUUUCGCACGAACCAUACGCUUCUUGACAUUCCUUCAGGGACGUCUAAGCCAAGCAUUUCCGCUCCCACGUUGAAUGAGUACCUCGAAGCGGGAGCCACAGCGCUCUCAUCCAUGAAGAUACCGUUCGACGGUGAUCCACUUCCCCCGCAAGAUACAAAGGAGAAUGAGCCGUUCAAUAUCUUCACAUGGGAUUGGGACGAGGACCCUGAACCGGAAUUUGCGCCACCUCCGAAGCUGCACCCGCCGGUCGCUGCGCAAAAUGUAAAAGUCGUUAUAUUCGACAUGUUUGGAACUAUAGUGAACCAUGAAGCGACUGUGAACACUGUGAGCCGACUGCUCGCUCCCUGGGACGCUAACAAGCGGUUGGAAGGCAUGCUUGCUCGGCUUCUGCUAGAAUGUUUUAUAAUCCACGCGGGACUUUUCCUUCCAGCGGACGUCCGACUCGUAGCCCUGAAAAAGCUCCAAAAGACAGAGUUGUACCCCGAUGUGUACGCAUCGCUGAAAGCACUGCACGGACACGGAUACAAGAUCCUGGCCCUUCCUCCGGCAGACCAGCACGAUCUAGCUCUCAUUCGGCGCUCGUUGUCACCGAAUGUAGAGCUUCCUUCCUUACCUACCUUGCCCACUGGAGCGGACGGCCUCCCAGAUCUUGCCACUCUCCUCGAUCUGUGUCGACAGCACAUUCCCGCCAUUCAACGCAGCCAAAUUCUGGUGGUCACUAAUUCAUUGCAUCGUACGGUUGACCCCGCGAAUGCGGCUGGUUUGCCCACAGCGUUCUUACGCCGGCAAGGCGACAUUGAGGCACACGUCGAUCGUGCGAAGCCAGAUGCCCCCAAAUUUGCACAACCAACAUACACCUCGGAGGGACUGUAUGCGCUGUGUACACAGUUGGGCGUUGAGGUCAAUGAAUGAGCCAUGGUCCCCACGUCGACGAGAUGUUUGUGUUCGUAUGUAGCAGACUAUUCCGAGAAGAGCACGACUUCCGGAUCUC